AUGGUGACCCUCGACGAGGUAUCCCAUCUCAUCCCCAAAUCCGCAUCUGAUGGCGCAACCACCACCCUCGAACGAGUCGCCGAUUCAUACAAGCCCCUCCCCUCCUUCGAACUCGACAAACAACGGUCCUACAAGCAGCAAUAUGGCGACAUGUACUUCCUCCGUCUCACCAAGAUCAAGCCCGCCGUAGAGCAAGUCGCAUCAACCGCUUGGGAAGGAACCGUCAUCGGCGGCGAGGAAGUGAAAAAAGUCGAACGAGUCCUUGACGUCCGCCAAGGCGAGCUUUGCUGGGUCGCGGGCACAGUAUACAUGGAUAUGCCGCUCAAGCCUAACAUUCUAGAAGAUGUGUCCAAAGACCGGUGGAUUUCCGCCCCCAUAUCAACCCAGCAGACCUACUUCUCCCACGACGGCUCCGACCAAACCAUGCUGGAAGACGACUCCGGCCGCAUCCGUCUAGUAGGAGACCUGUUACAGAGCAUCCCCCUCGUAACGGGGUGCAUAAUCGCCGUCAUGGGCACCGAAAACAGCAGCGGUGAAUUCGAAGUCAUCGACCUCAAGUUCCCCGACCUCCCCGCCCAACCCGACCGAUGGGCCCUCUCCAAGAAACCCAGCACAAACGGCCACGGCAAGCGGAAACAAAUCAAAGACGAGGAUGAGGACGAGGAAAUGACGGACGUCUCAUCGCGCAGCAAAAAAAUCGCCAUCGUAUCAGGACUCUCCUUCUCCAACACGGACGCCUCUCAUGCCAUCGAACUCAACCUCCUACAAGAAUACCUCCUCGGCGAGGCACUCGCCUCGACUGACCAGGAAGAAGUCGCAUCCAUAAGCAGGCUCAUCAUUGCUGGAAACUCCAUCUCCACUACAACGGAGCGCAAAGAAGAGGAAGUCGAGAAGAAGGGCAGCAAAAAGUACGGCUACGACGCAAGUUCCUACAAUGCCGUCCCGUCACAGCUCUUCGACGAGUUCGUCAGUGUGUUGCUGCCUUCUAUGCCGGUUACGCUUCUCCCGGGGGCGCAGGAUCCCGCCAACGCAAGCUACCCCCAGCAACCUAUCCACAUGGCCAUGUUCCCUCGCGCAAGGGCAUAUGGUCCUGAGCCGGCCAAUUCCAAGGAACCGGGGUGGUUUGACGCGGUCACGAAUCCGUGGGAGGCGGAGAUCGAGGGGUGGAGGGUCCUGGGUACGGGGGGCCAGAACGUAGAUGAUGUGUGCAAGUAUGUGGAUAGUGAUGAUAGACUGGGCAUGAUGGAGGCCAUGUGUAGAUGGAGGUGUUGCGCGCCAACCGCCCCUGAUACAUUGUGGAGCUAUCCGUUUCAGGAAGACGAUCCUUUUGUCAUGAGUACGUGUCCGCAUUUGUAUUUUGUGGGUUGCCAGCCUGAGUUUUCGACAAAGACGAUUGCUGGACCCGAGGGCCAAUCCGUCAGACUAGUUACUGUGCCGUCAUUCGCGGAGACAAAGGAGCUGGUGCUUGUUGAUAUGGAAACGAUGGAGGUAGAGUUGGUUGGGUUUGGGAAGAAGAGAUAA